AUGCAACUACUGGUGCUCAUCAGCCUAAUCUCCCUGGCAACUGCCGGCAUAUUCAGUUUGCCAGACCACAAAUCACCAGAAACGAGUCCCCUCCAACGAGUCCGAAGAUCAACAAAUGCCGCUUCCGGAGUGCCUACGCAGCGAUACGGUGUCUACCAAAGGAAUUGUUUCUUCUCGCCCGUGCAAUGCUACUUGUUGCCCUACCGGCCGAGGCAUCAGAAUAGGCAACGGCGUCACCUCCGCGUCCAUCGGCGUAAAACGGCU